AUGUCUUCUACAACUGCCACGACAACCUCCAAGGUUUCCCUGUCUACAAGUCAACCCAAAGAUAGACUCCAUCAAAUUCCACAAUUCAGCACCCCCGAAGCUAAAAGACGAUGGCAAUUGGAGCAAAUGGCGGGCGCCUUUCGCAUAUUUGCGAGAUUGGGCUUCGCUGAUGGAGGGAGUGGCCAUAUCAGUCUCAGAGACCCGGUUCAGCCAGAUACAUUUUGGCUGAAUCCCUACGGAGUCCAUUUCGGCCUCUUGAAGGUGUCCGACAUGGUUCAUGUAAAUGAAGACGGAGAACGUAUCGGUGGUGCAGACAGGCCAGUGAAUACUGCCGGAUUUAUUAUCCAUGCAGCUAUCCAUAAACGACGGCCUGAUAUUAAUGCUGCAUGCCACUUCCACAGCCCCUAUGGCCGCGCAUGGUCCACCUUUGGGAAGCCAAUAGACAUGUUGAAUCAGGAUAGUUGCAUGUUCUAUAACGACCUUGCGGUAUAUGCCAACUUCGGUGGUGUCGUAUUCGCUAAAGAGGAGGGUCUGCGACUUGCUGAUACGUUGGGUCCGACCAAAAAGAACCUGAUACUACAAAAUCAUGGUAUCUUGACAUCGGGCGGCACUAUUGCUGAAGCAGCUGCCUUCUUUAUCGCGUUGGAGAGAGCUUGUCAGACACAGCUUCUGGUUGAAGCAUCGAUCACCGGCUCGGGGUUGCAAAAGACGUUUGUGGGUGACGAAGAGGCUCAGUACACAAAGGAUGGGACUGGAACCCCAGAGGUUAUGUACAUGCAGUUCGAGCCAGAAUACCAAUACAUUCUAGCUAGGAUGUUGAAGUACCAGCGAUUUGGCCUCGGCAACGAGUUCCCUCUCAAGCCGAUCGGCGUCAUAGCUCGCUCCACGCGCGCAAACGUCCCUGAGAUGGCUGUCAUCCGAGAGUCCCCAUACACGGACACGGCUAGAAUCAAUGCCCAGCUCCAGCAAGUGAGCGCUUUUCAGUCUCGCACUGUCAUAGGUCAACACCCCGAUAGGUCUGUUAACAGGGGAAAUGGCCAGGAGGCUGGGAACCUGAACGAGGGCCGACGUAGCUACAGGCUGGAAAUCGGGUUACCUGGUCUGGGCAGCGGCCAAGAAGCCGCAGCUGGUAAUGAUGCCGACAGCCCCUCUCUCUGCGAGUCUUGUCGCGGCUUGCACAAAACGAUCAAUAAAAGCAUCUUCGUAGUUGCCAUUGGUGACAAUUUGAGCUUCUGA